CCGAAUUUGUUACGAAAAAUAAAGCAACGCGAGCCGAACCAAAUGCUCGUGCCUGUGCCAACGUGAUACGCUUUACUCUGCUUCUUUGAGCGUUGAGAUUUGCACACAAAACGACUGUUUUUGUGUUCAGACUUUUUUGUUCUUGGCGUUUCCGAGUAUCCUUGUUUUUAUUUCCCUCGCGUCUCGACGUCCUUCCGACCCACUCGCACGUGUCCGUCCGGCAGAUCGAUCUUCCAUUAUUGCGCUUGUCGCGGGAAUCGGUUAUCACAUUUUCACGCACGCACGAUCUUCAUACGUACGCUCUAGGCGUUCGCGGUGGCAUCAACGACAUUAUUACGUCUACGUUGGUCAACUGGAUUCGGUUUGCGGCAGGUGUCGUUAGUUACGCUUCACUUAAGUGCAUCGGUUACUGUGCUUCGAAUAGUGGAUUUUAAGGCAUUCUGCUGCAUAUUGGCACGAUUAUUUGAACAGGACAUUAAGUAAGUUUGUGCUAGUGAGUUAAGGAAAUUUACGAAAAAAAAAAUCGAAAUCUGUGCUCGUUCACGAGAAAAAUUCUGCAAAGGAGAAUUUUACUCAGUGCGGCCGACGACGAGAGGAAUGCGUCAACGAAAAUUCGCUAUAAAUAAGUGUGAUAGUAUAUAAGUUGCAAUAGCAGCAAAAAAAACAGCCGCAAGUGAAGUUUAUCUUCAAUUUACACAGAAGCUCUUCAACAAGUAAUGAUCUUCUGCUGGACAUAACAAUCAUAAUGGAUAAAGAUCAAGGUGAUAUCAAUAGAGGCAGGCGCGCCUCGUCCCCGAUGAUACCGAUGUGGGCUGGAAAUCGGAAGAUGUGUAACAGUGUGCUGAGGGGAGGAUCGUUCGUUUACACACCAGCUUUUAUAACCGAUUUUUCAACCGCUAUGUUGAACAUGUCGUUGCGAAAUGUUGGAGAACCAGAGCGCACUGUGCUUGAGCAGCAACGCCUGGGUGGUGUCAGCCAAAUCUCAGCUGACCCUCAAAAGAGGACCAUUGCUCAAGACGAGAACGGUAACCUGAAGAACACCGUACAGACUGAAAGCCCUGCUCUUCAACAAAAGAAACCUGAUCGAGAAGAAAAUGUGUUCGGGCAGAAAGAGAAAGCGGUAGGAGUAAGCAAAGAUGAUUCGGAAGAGGAAGAGGAGGAAGCAGAAGAAGAGGUGGAAGAAGAAGUAGAGGAAGAAGAAGAGGAAGAGCUGGAUGAUGAAGAAGAAGAGGAAGAAGAAAUGGAGGAAGACGAAGAUGAAGCAGAGGAGAUGGAAGUAACGGAAAAUAAGGCUGAUGCCCAAGAAAAUAAAGAAGUUGUUGAGGAAAAAGAGAAAACUAAAGCAGUCUCAAAAAAGGAAUCAGAAUCAGUACUUCUGAAAACUUUAGAGGAACCUGCAAAAGCUUCUUUCCAAAAGAAUGCAAUGGAACAAAAUUUAACGGUAAUGGAGGAAAAGAACAAGGCAGAUGAUGGUAAGAAGAAAGUAGAAGCUCAUGAAGAAAAGAAGAAACUGGAAGCAGAUAUGAGAAAGGAACCAGAACCAGUGCUUCUGAAUGUAGUUCAAAUACCUGCCAAAAUUUCAUGUCAAACGAGUGAAAUGAAAGAUGAUGAGCGGGACGAAAGGAAAGAAAAGAAAAAGGCUGAAGUCAGUGAAAACAAAAAAGAGACUGAAGGCGAAAAUGAGAAAACCAAAGAAGAUACAAAAAAGAAAUCAGAACCAGAGGCUUCGAGUACAUUACAGGAAUCUGCAAAAAUGUUAUGUCAGAAGACUGAAAUGGAAGAGCAAAAGGAGGAAAAGGAAACGAGGAAAAUCGAUCCUGAUAACGAAGAGAAACCGAAAGUUGAAAUAAAGAAAGAAUUGGUACAAGAGCAUCAACAAGUAUUGCAGGAAGCGAGGAAAAACGAUGCUGAUAACGAACAAAAGAAAGUAGCCACUAAAGGUGAAAAAGAGAAACCGAAAGUUGAAACAAAGAAAGAAUUGGUACCAGAGCAUCAAAAAGUAUUACAGGAAGCGAGUAAAAACGAUGCUGAUAACGAACAAAAGAAAACAAUCCCUAAAGAUGAAAAAGAGAAACCGAAAGUUGAAACAAAGAAAGAAUUGAUACCAGAGCAUCAAAAAGUAUUGCAGAAAGCGAGGAAAAACGAUGCUGAUAACGCACAAAAGAAAACAACCCCUGAAGAUGAAGAAGAGAAAUCGAAAGUUGAAACAAAGAAAGAAAUGGUACCAGAGCAUCAGAAAGUAUUGCAGGAAACUGUACCAGUCCCUUGCCAAACGAUGGAGACUGCGAAAGUGUCUGAUACAAACAUAAAACCUGCAUCCAUUGAUAUUCAAUAUGAGGACAAGAAAUCCUUCCAAAUAGAAUUACCCAAAGAAGAAAAUGCAGCUGAAUCUUUAAACCAUGAUCCCAUCCAAGCUGAUAUCGCAGAACAAGCACCUGCAGAAACUCACGCCAAAGAAACAGAGUCAACUGUCGAAAAACUGCCAACGACUCCGAGUGAAGUGAUCGAAGAGUUCCCCUCAGCCACAUCGCAUGCCGAUGAUGACAAAGUAGAACAUCCCGAAAAGCCGGCCGUUCCCCCGCAGACGUAUCUGUGGGAGGAAGUGAAAAAAUCAAAGGAACAGGUAAGUGAUGGUGGAUACCCAUGGACACACCUAUACAAAGAUCCACUCGGACCAGAUGAUGAACCGGAAGUGAUUGUACGGUAUACGCAUUCUCCAGUGAAUCGCCGCCGUAAGGUCGAAGAGCAAUUGAUCGAUGGAAACUCUCGCGAAGAGAAGAAAGCCAAAACCGAAAAUGGUUAUGAAGCAAAUGAACCAAUUGAGACUGAUCAACCCACUCAAGAAGUUUCCAUCUCUCCAGACGCAGCCGCGGCCGUUGCAGUGGAAGCAAGUAAUGGUGAACCACAUUCGCCCCGGCGUAGUAGAACUCGGGCUACCUCCCAUGAACCUCAUAGUCUGAAGGAUGAGGUUAAAGCACAGGCCAAGCAAUUCCUCGAUGAACAUCCGAGCAUUAGAAGCUUCAGUAACAGUUUGACUAGAAAAGGCAGACGUACAAGGGCUUUCGUCAGUAGAUCUUUAGAACGAGCCAAGUCCAUGGCUGACCGGCAAAUUGACAAAGCAAAGGUUCAAAUGAAUACACUUCGGAGACGCAAGGCUGCUUCAGAACCACCAAGAGAUUUACCAGAUCACAAAAUCCUUAUGCUACGCGAAUCUCCAAGGUUUGGAAACCGUGAGAUUCCAUCAUACGUAGUACGGCAACCAAGCGACGAAGCUAUGGACACGUCGGAUGCCGAGACGAUGGAGAAUACAUCACCUGAAACAACCACAGUUGUGCCAGAUGAGAUUAUUGAACUGCCUCAACAACCUACACCAGAACCCGUAAAGCCACAACGAGUAGAAAAAAUGGAAGUCGAAGAAGAGCGGUACGAAAUAAUUGAACCACCCAAGGACGAAACUACAAAACCGAUCGUUGCGGAAAUAAAACCCCAAACUCCAGAGCCUCCAACGGAAAUAAUUUCAGAACAAAUCAAACCACAGCCUCCUCCAAAAGCCCCACGUAAGAAGAAAGAGCACCACUACGAAGACAUCGAUGAUUACGUCCCUCCAAAGGAAGAGCCUAAAGAUACCAAAUUUGUCGUUGAUUCUAAACUGCAACGUCAGCACGAAAUUGAUGGUUUUGACCCAAUCAUCGGUGAAAUGUUAGGUAAUGAUAAAAUUAAAAUAUCUCUGCAAUUACAAGAUGAAAAGAUUGCCAAUGAUAUGCUGAGCCGCAAGAAGCGAUUGGAUGAAAUUCUUCAACAUUCCUCAGAAGAUGAAAAAGAAAAGGACAAAAUUCCUUGCUUGGGACUGCUUGCUCCGAUUUCAUCAAUUGAUUCCACUUCAUCGGAUGAAGAUGCUAGGCGAACUCGUCUGUCGGCGCUUGCAGAGGAAAGCGACACCGGAAGCAUUGAUAACACCGUGUUUAAGAAGCAGGAGUCAUCUAAAGAAGCUGAACUACCAGCUGUUGACGAAAGCCACAAAGAAUUAGAACUGACACCGGCCGAAGAAAAGAAAGCAAUGGAAGAGAGAAAUAAUCAACUGGCUGCCAGCGAAUCUAUGGCAGAAGAAAAGAUCGUAGAAAAGCAGCUUGAACUGACUCCAGCAGAAGAGCAUAUGCUGUUUGAAGCAAACUUGAAGGCGCAAAUCACACCCAUCGAAGAAAAGGUUCUGAAUACGGAACCGUUGGUUGAAAAGGAGCCACCAUCAACUGAAGAUUCCAAGCCAGUCCAAGAUGAACGUUGGUCUAAAAUGAGUGAUCACGAAUAUGAGCCAAUCGGUGAGCCAGUUGACGAUAAAAUUGCCGAACAAAAACCUUCGGCAGCCAAAGGUAUUCUGGCGCUGCCAACCGAUGACCAGAAAAGAAAACUGUCCACUUCGUCGCUCCGGGUCCCUCUGGAUGACGGCGAUACCAUCAGCAUGGAAGAGCUGCAAAAGGACAUCGAGGAUCGGUACUUCAAUCGACCCUCCGAAGAACAGGUGACAAUGGAAAUUCCGGAACCAGUCGAGGCAGCUGCACAGGAAAAGACUAGCAAAGUCAAAUUAGCAAUGGCUCGUGCGCAGGAGAGUGGCAAGAAAGCCAUGGCCAGAGCGCAAGAAAGCAGCAAAAAUGCUAUGGUCAAAGCGCAGGAGGGUAGCAAAAGUCUGCACCAGAAGUUACGCAAACAGACCGACAAAUUCAAAACCAAAAUGACGAAUAUCAACAUUAAGAAGGACAAAGAUGUCGCCCCUCUAGCAUCCCCAGAGAUUGUUACCACUCCUGAAAUCGAAAAACUGGAUUUCACUAUUGCAGAACCUAAGGCAGAACAAGAGACGGGUGAAACAGAGCCUACUCAAGCAGCAAGUGAGGAAGUUACGGAGCAAGCAGAAAUCGAAGAAGCAACAGCAGAAAAUGGUGCCGCAAAGAAGAAAUUCAGAGGAGCAGAUUUUAGCAAAAUCAAAAUGCCAAAACUCCAUAAACCGGAUUUCAAACGACCAGAAUUCACAAAAAUUUCCAAGCCAAAGAUGCCAAAGCUGAAACGUCCAGAAAUGCCAAAGUUUUUAACUGAAAAGCCAGAUUUUUCCAAACUAAAAAUGCCCGAAAAAAUUGGAACCUUGAAAAUCCAACGAAGCAAGUCUAUGAAAGAACCAGUUCUGUCCAGUGCUACAAGCGCUGCAUCGCCGUCCGAUAUUGAGACACCCUCUGCCCUUGAUGGAGCAGACACCAAGAAGAAGAUAAACUACACCGAUUUUAGUACCUAUCCACGUCUGUUGGACAAAUUCAAGCGACAAAAAUCGGUGCCAAGUAAUGCGAGUGUUCGAGCCUCUACACCACCACCACUGGAGUUUACGAAAGCGGGAAAGACGUCUCGUACGAAGGGCACUGGUUUCGUAUCGCGUUGGGCCGAGAAAUCGUCCGAAGAUGCGGGUAGCACACGUUUCUUCACCGGAAGUGAGCUCGGCGAACGCGAAGGAUCAGUCGAGAAACGAAUGCGACAACGUUUGGAAAGGGCAGAGUUUGAAGAGCCAGAGCUGGCUGUCACUGCCGAACAGAAGCAACUCGAAGAAUAUGACAAAGAAAACCGAGAGAUUCACCUUUUGUCCGCGGCACGACAUGACGAGUUUAUGAAGCGUAAGCCACCCAUGGAACGACAAGAGUCAGAUCUGGCGUCGGAGGAAGAGAAACAGUUCUGGGCUAGCUCGCUUGGGCAGAAGAUUCGUCAAAAUAUCGAUAUGAAUAGCAACGACUUUGAUUUCUUGGAUGAGGAGGAUCGUCUUCGAACGGCUCGGGAAAGCGAAGCCUUGGGAUUAAGUGCGCAUGAUCGGGCAAGAUUCCUGGGUGAGCCAACCGGUGAACACUCAGAAAAGGACUAUGAUAUGCGUUCUACAACCCCAUACUCCAACAAAGAGUGUCAGUCUUCUGGCAGUUCUGGAAUUCGGCGGCGUAAGGGUGUUAUAGAAGAAAUCGAUGAUGACGAAUUCUUCCUCCGUCAAAAGGGAAUUUCCAAAGAUAACAUUCAAAUGGGUGAAUAUAUAAGCUCCGCCAUUAAGGAAGGAUUGAGCACACCGAAAAAUGCAUUGGCUGAAAUGGGAAGAUAUGACGCAUACUAUGACGACGAAGCAGAUGCUAGCGAAAGAAUGAGCAUGGAAUACCGCGCAGAGCAUGGUGCCGGGGGACGCUACUAUCAACCUAGCGUCGAAUCGGAUGAUGUUUCCAACAAGCAAAGCUUCACUGACGAAUUCCGCAAACAAGCUGACUUUUUCAAGACAUUCCCUCCAGAUCGUCCCAUGAGAAAGCAUAAAAAAUCAUACACUGACGAACAUUUCGAUGAUGAUCACCAAAAGGUACCCUACGAUUCGUACGAACAGGAAGAGGAACAAGAUGUGGAAUUUUACGGCCGAGAUCGUAAGUAUGGCAGCGAGCAGCCGGAAAUCCGCACAGAAAAGGAAGAGCGUUUCAUGGAUGAGGAAAGCGUUGGUAAUGGAUUCACCCUCACCGGCACAGCCAUACCACCAACACCGCCUAGACGUCGCAAGAAGCGUUUCCGUGACGUCACACCAUCGGAACUCACCCCAUUCGGAAAUGGCCUCACAUCCAAACCCAUAUACAAUAGCUUUACUCUAGGACCCGAAACGCACGUUUUCAAUGCCGAUGUCCCGUUGGCACAAGAGGAGAGUUUCACAACGCCUAUACCAACACCCAGAAGGUCGCGAUCGCGAUCACAGCUGUCGAAAUUCAUGGAUGAUGAUAGAACAUCAAGAGGGGCAGAGUCCUACAUUUUCGGAGCCGAAGACAACGCUUUGGUGAAGCUCGCUAUCGACAUGUCUGAAUCGAAUGGCUACGCAACUGUACGAAAGGAACCUCCGCCUCGUCCGCCAGCUCCGAUUCGCCGUAGGAAAUCAACCCGUUCUCUGGGGGAUCAACGACAGUUCAGCACCCUACCAAACUUCCACUCGGUUUCUCCUGCCCGCCCGUCUCGCAACUACAGUACCAUCAGUCCCAACAGACCACCCCGUGGUAGAUCAAUUUCGAGUCUAAAUGAAAGUGCUAGCAAACUUCCAAGCAUCAGCAAGGAUGACAUUACUCAAUAUGAAGACAUCGAAGCGGUUGAUAACCAAGUGAAGCUCCACGAAACGCUUCAAUCUGGUGAGGUUGUUAAGAAGAUGAAAGAUCGACCGCUGCCACCUCCACCACGUCCGCCAAGGGAUACUAGGAAACCUCGCAGGUUUGACCAUGAUGACCGAUUUGACUUUGACGGCGGAGCAGAGAGAAUAACCACACUGGAUACGAUGGAGCCAAGAGUUAUUGAAGAAGUAGAGAUCGCCAUCCAAACGGAUCCAGUAUCCGAAGACUUCGAACUGGAUAUUGAAGUGUCGGAAACAAUCAGCAAACCCGGUAAAACACUUCAAGAAAUUCUAAAAGAAGAACAACAAGCUGAGAUUGAUCGAGCACGCCAACUAGCGGAGGCAAGCAAUUUGAUGAGGGAUAUCCAAAAAUUCAGAGAUUCUACAUCCUCAUUAUCGCUUCACGGUAGUCGUCCAGAAACGCCAUCUGCAAUGACAUUCGAGCGAAGGGUUUCAGCUCCUUCUACGUCUCAAAUGAUGCCAAGUUUGAGCAGUGAAAAUCUUACCGAACAGGAUUUAGCUAACAUCGACGAUGAUAAGUUCAUAGCAGAGCUAGUGAAAAAGUACGUUUCUGAGGAAAAAGUAACUGACAAUUCAAAGAAACCACAUAAACCAACAGAAGAACCUAAAGCUACAGUUGAGACAAUAGAACCGGAAAAAUUACGAGAAAUUGAAUCAAUGAUAGUAAAUGAGGAUAUGCAAAGAGAAGACAUCCAAACUGUUCAAUCGAGACCAUCGGCACCUCCACGAAGACGGUCUCUGGUAUCAUCAACUCAAGAUAUACCAACAAGCAUAGAAAUUCCACAAAAUGUUAUAGAAGAAAUUGUGGAACGCAUUAGAACAAACGAACAGCAACACAUUGCAGAAUUGGAGCAUCUCCAUCAACAACAGUUGGAUGAUUUGAGGAAACAGCAGGAAGAACAAAGACUCUUACAAGAACAAAAGCUAGAAGAACAGCAAAAAAUGCUACUAGAACAGCAAAACCAACAGCUACACGAAACACAACAGCUUAAGGAGCAAAUUCUGCUACAGCAAGAGCAACAAAUGGCUCUUCUCCAACAGCAGCAACAGCAACAACAACAGUUGCUAUUAGCUCAACAACAACAGCAAAUCCUGCUUCAACAACAAGAAAAAGAACGAGAACUUCAGAGGGAAAAAGAACGCGAGCUCCUUCGUGAACGCGAAAUCGAACUGGAGAAAGCGCGCGAGAGGGAACGUGAGCUACAUCACGCAAGAGAACUGGAAUUACAGCGAGCACGGGAUUUGGAGCAGCAACGUGCUAAGGAACUGGAGCACCAAAGAUUGCGUGAACUUGAACUGCAGCGAACAAUGGAGCUGGAGCAUCAACGUCUAAGAGAACUCGAACAACAGCGAAUUCAGGAAGCUGAAAUCCAACGAGCGCGUGAGGCGGAGCUACAACGGGCGAGAGAUGCUGAACUUCAGAGAGCUCGAGAAACCGAAAUUCAACGAAUUCGGGAAACUGAAAUGUUGCGAGCACAAGAAGCAGAAUUACUUAAACUCAAGGAAAUGGAGCGCAAAAUGAGAGAAAGCCAAGUAAGAGAAACUACAGCAAAUCAGUCUGAACCUGCAGAAGCAGCAGUUGAGGAAAAGUCUGAAGUUACAGAUUCUGUAGCUCAAACAUCAGAAGUCAGUGAAAGUGUCCGUGAAACAGCAACGUCCGAAGAGAAGCCAGCAGCUGAAGCCAUCCCUGUUCGUCCACCUCCUCCACGAAUAAGUCCUCAAAUACAUGCCCAAUUUCCAUAUCAAGAAUAUCUGCCCUAUUCUCUGCCACCACAACCGUUCUAUCCUACAAGGAAUCUUUCAGACGAUGAAGCAGCUUAUCCACAAGCACCUCACCGUCGUCGAAGGCAUCAUCGGUCUAGAAGAGAAUCAACUUCUGAGGAAGAGAUUCCACGUGAGCCACGAAAGCAACGUCACGGCACGCGCUCUCCUGAACCAUCGAUUCCGGCUUUGGGCAGUCAGCUAAUACGAGCUUGUGGAACUUCAAUCCGAGAAACGGGAGAUGAACUCAUGACUAUUUUGCGAGCAAGUAGCAAAGACGAAAACAAACGCGAUUUGCACAUUGCUCUUAUCAUUCUUAUUGUUAUUGUUGCCGGCCUGAUGGCCCUUGGAAUGAGUGGAGAACAGUCCGUCCAUCACCAUCAUUGGGAUUACUUCAAUCCACCUGGAAACAGCGGACGUUAACUGAAUGAUUUUGUGAUACCACCUGCAAAACGAAUAGGAAGUCCCCAUCGACAGCCAUGUUGUUUUUCUUGGAUACAAAUACUCAUUCACAGCUAACUUAAUUCAUAGAUUUCUUUAUUACAUCAAUAUGGAAUUGUUAACUUUUGUAACGCAUCGUGUUAAUCUUAGAACAUCGUUAAUUUUAAAUUGUUUCUACAAUCUGCAUUUGAGCGUUUACUAAACAUUAGAAGUCGAUCAUUAAGCUGUUAAAUCAUAUUUAUUUUCGCCAUUCUACAGCUACAACUGUAAUCAGUUAUCACACAACGCACAUAAACCCGCACAUUGUUAAUCAAUUCUGCACAUUUUAUCUAACACUGCACCUUGGAAAAAAAAUCUUCCAUUCUUUAUUCAAGAAUUAGCUGACGGAUUUCUUAUUUAGCCAAGUAGUGUACAGUAGAAAUUAUCGUCAGAAUAACACUUAUUGCGAAUAUCAGGUGAAUAGCACACGUGGUUCCAAACCCAGCGAGUUUCAAUGCUAGUCAGAGAUUGUAAAUAGGGAGUAAAGAUCUGGAUAUCCAACCCUUCAUUGUUAAUUUAUUUGUUUUUGUACCAUAAUCACAUUUCGAUAGAGAAAUAAUAAACAUUUUGGCAACAAAGAACAUAA